UAAAUUCAGGCAAGCGAUUGCUUUGAAAAUAGUUAGCAAUAGGCACUUCCACUUACUACAGUCCUAACAAUAUGUUGAACAUGAGUUGAACGAUUUUGAUCGAAGUGUGACUGUUGUUGGGCUAGGGAGUACAACGAUAAGGACUUACAAGCAUCAAGUGCUUGUUCAGUGAGAAACACAACAGCCUAAUGUACGAUGACGAACGUUUUGAAGCAAUGCCUCUACAUUGCACUGGGGAUAUUUACAAUGGUUACCGUCUUUAUCACAAUCUACACAAUAGCGAAAACAGUUUCUUAUGUAAAAGAUGGGCAUAUGUAUCAGCUAAUGCGUCAGAAGAUCGCUAAAUUCGACCGCGGCGAAAUUCGGAGAGCAACCUUGGAUUACCUAAUCGAUCAGCCAAACUGUAAAAUACCCGACUACCCGUAUAAUUCGGCGGAAGCCGAACAUCAUUUAAAUCAGUUAUCCUUACCGGAAGCUUGCCGUGGGCCUCCAUUUCUGUUUGAAAGUGUUAUCUUUCCUGACAUGGACAGCGCGUGCGUUGUCCUAUAUGAUAGCCCACUUCAGCAAUUCUACCCCGGCGUCCAAAUGGAGCAUCUAAAGUGUACCUACAAGGAAGUCCUUCGUGAUACCAACCACGACAUCAUAGACAGCUAUUUCAAGUUAAAAUCAGCCGAAGAUCUCUCGUUGCCAAUCGCCUGCGUGCAGGCAGAAUUCAUUUGGAUUUCCUGCAAAAUAGCAUUCAACAACAAGACCACCAAGACGUUCACUCAGCCAGUGAUGAUACCAAAGGUGAAGCCGCUUAAAGUACAAAGAAAUCGAGAAUGGUCCACGUCAAUCAAUUCGUCAAGCAAGGGAAAAGCGCAGUUCAACGUUAUUGUACUUGGAAUCGAUGCAAUGUCUCGUCUCUCGUUAUAUAGAACAAUGCCCCAAACGGUGAAAUGGCUUCACUCUAGACCCAACAGCGUUGUGGAGCUGAAAGGCUACUCAAAAGUGGGUUUGAAUUCGGCGCCGAACAUAUUCGCUCUGUUAACUGGCCGUAACUUCAUAGCCGAUCUGAAACCGCAGCUCGCAGGCUAUUCCAGGUAUGUUGAUGGUAUAACAAGGUUUAUUUGGGAAGACGCCGCUGAUGCUGGAUAUCGAACGAUGUUCCUCGAAGAGCAAGGCGAAUAUGGUAUAUUCGUCUUUCCUGACUUCAAAGGAUUCAAGGAAGUGCCUGUCGACUAUUGGCCAAAACCUUUCAUGUACUCGGUCAAUAAAAAAGCCAAAGAUAUGGGAUUUUCCUAUCACUGCAUAGGGCCGAAGUUGAAAAGUAAUCUAUACUUGGAUUAUACCUAUAGUAUGUUGAAGCUUCAUGGACCUCAACGUCCGAUGUGGGCAUUUACCUGGCUUUCCAUAUUAAGCCACGGGGGUGCAAAGGGAGGGGUCCCUUUAGACCAGCCAGUCUCGGAUUUUUUCACAAAAAUUGAAAACGAGGGCAUCCUGAAUCGAUCUGUAAUUAUUUUCCUCGCGGACCACGGAUUUCGGCACGGUUCGUUCCGCGAAACGGAGCAAGGACGCCUGGAAGACAGUUUACCCUUUGGCUUUGUGCUGCUGCCACCAUCGCUUGUUAAGCAAUACCCGUAUAUGCUAACUCAACUACAGCUAAACUCACGGCGUCUUGUAACAUCAUACGACCUCUACGAAGUACUGCGUGAUGCCAUUAAUAUCUCGCAUUUACAAUCGAAUCAUGUUAAGUCUCAUUCGAAGAGUGGAAUAUCCUUAAUUCGUGACUCGGUUCCAAUCACACGAACGUGUGGGCAAGCCUGGAUUCCCAAUGAAUAUUGUCCGUGCAGCAAACGCGAAUUAUAUAACAAUACUAAGCUGGCACAUAUCAUUGGCAAUAAGGGCAUUAUUUUUUUGAACGGUAUGUUAAAAAAUGCCUCCGUCGACACCGUAUCAAAUGAUACGCACGUCUGUUCGCCGUGGAGUCUUUUAAAUGUAACUAGACUAACUUACAGCUCUAUGCCGAACCACUUGGAGUUUCUGUUUCAAGUUAAUAUGAUAGCUAAACCCCAAGCAAAGUUCGAUAUCACAGUAACUAUAACCCGUUCUUCAUGGAUUCUGAAUGAGGUAACCCGAAUCGACCGUUACGGUGAACUGGCAGCUUGCGCCACCGGGCGGAUUCAACAGUAUUGCUAUUGCAUCGAGAAACCUGACAAUUCAGGCAAUACAUCGACUCCGGAUUAGGGCAGGAAAUAUUUUUAUUCGCAAGCGUAUGCUUAGCGCACUUUAAUCAUAUUAUUAGAUACUCUGUACAUAACACCAGAACUUGAUAAUAUCGAGCCUAAUAAAACUU